UGUGAAACUAGAGAACCACGAGGAGAAAACAGGUAAAAACAAGCCCGCUGUUUACCGUCCACAGACCACAGAAAGAAGUUUCAGCAACCUUGGCCGUCACUACUUAAGGGAAGUGAGAGCGUGAACUCAGCAGGCAGAUAUAGAGGGUAGAAGUGAAACCGUGGCCUUCGGUUCAGCAGCUACUGUGUCAGUCAGCCGUUAGAAAUGGAAAAGUUUAAGACGGUGCUGAACAUUGCUAGCAAACAGACCAAUUUCGGCUUUGGUUUGGUUGCCCUGACGACUGCUGGGGGGGAGCAGAUCUUUUCCUCUGUGGCGUUCAAGUGUCCGUGUAAUAAGCUGAAUUUCUUCUAUGGCAUGGUGUUCCUGCUGGUGCCAGCCUUGGCUCUGCUGCUGCUGGGUUACAUUCUGAGCAAGAAGACAUGGAAGCUGUUUACAGGUCUGUGGAACCACAAGGAAAGGCUGUGCAAAUGGAGACACCUGGUUGCCACCAGCUUGGCCUUCUUCCAGAUCAGUGUCACUGCAAUGGUGGCACCAUCCAGUUGGAUUGCUGUGGCUCUGCUCAACGGAAAGUACUACGAGUGUGCAAUGACCGGGACCAACUUAAGCGCUUUCAACCUGCAUGUGUGCAAAGACGUUGAUGCUGAGAUGGACUGUUUAAAGAUGUUCCACAGGAUUCCAUGUGAUGGAGGCAAUGAAGAGGUUCUGCAAACACUGAGAGCGCAGUCGCAGAUCCUGGGCUGGUUGGUCAUCGUCUCCAUCAUGUUGUCAAGCCUGCAGUUCAUCUGUGUGGCCCGCUGCUUCUCCCCCAUCAGUUACCUGCAGCUCAAGUUCUGGAGAGCCUAUGCUCAAGAGGAAAGUGAUCUGAUGGAUUCACACAUCGUCAAACACGCCACAGAGCUAGCUGAGAGGAACCUAAAGAGCUUUUUCAACCAAAUGCCACCUAAAGAAAUCCCCACACCCUCCAACAACGACUGGGAGAAGAUCUCUUCUCUUUAUAAGUUCAGCACCAGAGACCACUACUACAGCACGUUGCAUCGGUACGUGGAGACAAAAUCUGAUACUGAGUCUGGGAUGAUGAGGAUGAUGUCUAUUAGGUCUAAUGAGACAGGAGACAACCCGGCUGUCCUUGACUUUGUGGAUGGUGGAAUAGUGCCAAUCUGUUGAGGAUUUUUCAUCACUGAAGAGCAUCUCAGGAUUUUGGGCUGGACCAUUAUCAUCGUUUCUGCCGUUGUCGGCCUGGUGGGAACUUGCUUUAAAAACUGUCGUUCCAGAGUCAGCUACCUCCAGCUCACAUUUUGGAAGCGUUACAUGGAGAAAGAGAAUGAGCGCUUUGAUGCCCUUUCUGUAGAAUACGCAAACAAACUGGCAG